AAGCAAUUUUAUCAAGACUAGAAAUAAAUUUUUUGGCUUUGAUAACAAUGGGUCCUAUUUGGAGUGCCUUUGGAGCUACUAACACAGGAAGGACAGAUGAUGCUGACUCAACGACGGGUUUAACCUCCAGAGAUAGAUAUUUACUAAAAUCAUCAUGGGCUGGUGUAAUGAAAAACCCGACAGACAAUGGAGUAGCUUUACUUCUUUUAAUGUUCAAAAAAUUCCCUGAGACGAAAACCGUCUUUCCUUUUAAAGACAUACCAAACGAAGAACUAGCAAACAAUGUUAGGUUUAGGGCUCACUGUAACAGCGUUGUUUACGCCAUUACUUCCAUGGUAGAUGCUAUAGAUGACCCAUCCUUACUUGUAGGCAUACUCGAAAAAGUUGGCCGGGACCAUAAGAGGCGAAGUAUUCCCCAAAAAUAUUUUGAAGGACUUCAAGAGACAAUUAUCGAAUUGUUUUCCACGUUCAUGAAACCCAAUGAAAUUAACUCAUGGAACAAAGCUUUGGGUGUUAUUUUUAAAGUAGUUGCUGAUAAUGUUAAAUAAUUUUAGAUGUGUCAUUGGUGUAUCAUUAUCAGACGUUUUACAAUUAAAAAAUCGCAAUUAUUGCUUAUCUAUAUGUUCACAAAAAUAUAGAAUCGCUAUAUUUAGAUUGUUAUUUUUUAUGCAUCUUUAGAAAUAAGGUUUUAUUUUUCUAUCUUUUUAUUAUAAAGGGUCUUAUCUAUUUAAACUUAUUUCUAACAUUAUUUCCAAAUUUUUUUUGCUCUCUUUUGAUUUCUGUAAACGCCAUUUCAAAAAUACUUUUUUAUAUAGCGUUUUCACGUAUUAUCUUAAAAGAAAAAAUUGAAACGAAAAAAUCAUAUACAAUUUUUUGCAAUUAUUCUUAGAGAAAAAACACAACUGUCAUUAAAAAUAUAUUUAAAAAAUCAUUGAUCACAUUUCGCGAAAAUAUAAACUGAUUUAAAUAUAAGUAACAUGGUUUAUAAUUUUACUAAAUAAUAUCGGGUCUUAACUCUUCUACGGGCUUACAUUAGAAGACAUCAGCAUUCUGAAGUUUUAUAUUAUUGAUUUAAAGAUUUUGAUCCAGCUAUAUGCGUUUUCCCGUUUUGUCGCGACUAACUCCAUAGAAUCUUUUGUGGUGUCCAAUUUUGCUAACUUGAUUAAAAUAAUUCUUACCAGAUUCAGGAUAUGUGGGUAGGCGUUUUCGACUAAAAAAUCAGUCAGACCAACACGCGGUGCCUGUGGUACAACAUAUUUAACAAAGGCUCACCGCUCACAGUUAGUAUUUUUUACCUACUGGCCUGUGAUUUGUCCGCUCUUUUAACUCAGAAUCUUAACUUAAGGAAUCAAAUUUGAGAAGCUCUUGUCCCGCCAAUGUGUUUUAAUCUUGUUAUAUACCGAUAUGAAGUGAGAAACUACCUGUAGUUUACCUGUCACUUAAUGUUGUGGUGGUGCCAUCUAUAUGACAGAUCACAUACUUAAGAUUAGAUUAGAUAAGAUUAAGUAUUCGGAUACUGUCUUUAAUUUGUUUUUUUUUUUAAUAUCCCCAACCUGUUCUGUCAUGUAUUUUUUACUUAGUAAACAAAAAAAAAAUAAUCAUAGCUCUUACGUAUACCUUACAUGUCAAAGUUAUGAUGUUUAUUUUGGCUCAGGAAUAUUUUUUUUUAUUAUUAAACACAAGCUGUGUUUAGACUACUGAAAUCUGGUCAUCAGUUGACCAAUUAUCAGUUCUUCUUUAACUUAUAUUACUACAUGAUACAUAAUCUAAGAUCUUAACCCUAUGGUGUCCUCUUAUUUUUUUUUAACAAGUAUGAAAUUUUAAAACUAAAACUAACACACAAUACAACACUAUGCUCUGCUUUUACACUAACACUUUACACUAACUCAAAUGGUUUUCUUCGUUUGAGUCUUCUUUCUAGCCUAGUAUUAUCGAGGAGCUGGAUGGCCUCGAUGUUUACAUGACUAUGGAGCCGUUGUUCGUGACUACCUGCCAUCUUCUUGAUAACUUUGUCUACAUCUUCCAUCUCAAGAUCCUUGUGGAGGUCGACAUUUCGGAUAUACCAAGGAGCAUCAACGAUGUUCCGUAAUACUUUAUUCUGGAAUCUCUGGAUAAUCUGAAUAUUACUUGAAUUGGCACAGCCCCAGAGUUGGCAACCAUACAUCCAUACUGGUCUAAGUAUGUGUUUGUAUAAAAGUAUUUUGUUAUAUGUGGACAAUGCAGAGUUUCUUCCCAUCAGCCAAUACAUUUUUUUGUAACGGAUACCUAAUUCUUCCCUUUUCUUUUUAAUGUGGACUUUCCAGCGAAGCCUUGCAUCAAGUGUGAUACCUAAAUAUUUUGCAGAAGAUGCAUAUGGUAUUUGGGCAUCAUUUAUUCUAAUUGGAAUGUUUUCGAUUUUUUUAUUUGUAAAAUUGACAUGAAUAAAUUUAGAUUCAUUUAAUUAGAUUUUCCAUUUUUUAGUCCAGUUGUGUAUUUUAUUGAUUGCCGACUGUAAUUUUUCUGCUGCUUCUUCGCUGGUAUCACCUACUGCUAAGAUAGCGGUGUCAUCUGCAAAUGUGGCUAUAGUAUCAUUUUCCAUUUCAGGUAUAUCGUAUGUGUAUAACAGUUAGAGAACAGGACCUAAUACGCUUCCUUGAGGGACUCCUGCUCUGAUUUCUUUUAGAUCAGUGUACACGUCUUCUUGCUUAAUUCUGAAAUAUCUGUCAGAUAUAUAUGAUUGUAAAAUUUCUGAAUAUUGUUUAGGCAUAAGAAUUUUGAGUUUGUAGACUAAACCUUCAUGCCAAACUUUGUCGAAGGCCUUAGCUACGUCUAAAAAGAUUGUAGAACAGACUUUCUUUUCUUCUAUUGAUUUAUCAAUUAUGUUAGUCAUUCUGUGUACCUGAUCAAUCGUAGAAUGUUUAUUUCUGAAGCCAAAUUGGUGGUUUGGAAUCAUUUUUUUCUCUUCUAUUAUUGGUUUUAUUCUUUUUAGCAGAAGUUUCUCAAAAAACUUCGACAUCACUGGUAAAAGUGAUAAUGGUCUAUAUGAAGACACUUCAUUUGGUGAUUUUCCUGGUUUUGGUAUCAUUAUAACCUCAGCUAUUUUCCAUAAAUUUGGUACAUAUCUCAAUCUAAAUGCAGCAUUGAUGAUGUUGGUCAAUUUGACUAUGGCUUUACGAGGCAAGUUUUUUAGUAAUUCUCCAGUAAUUAGAUCAUAUCCUGGUGCCUUCUUGGAUUUAUAUUGUCUUUUAUUUCAUCAGCUACUUCCUUCGGGGAUGUUGGUCUGAUUCUCUCCUCUGUCUGAUUAGGCUCUAUCGAUAUUUGAUCAUUAUUUUGGUCAUCAUGCGGUUUAAAUGUAUUUUCUAAAUAUGUGGCAAAUCUCUCUGCCUUUUGCUCAUUACUUCUAGCCCAGCUACCAUCUUCUAGUUUAAUGGGUGGAGAAUGGGUUACUGGUCUUUUUAGCCUUUUUGUAGCUUUCCAUAGAGAGUACUCUGUGCUACUAUUAUCCGUCAACUCUCUCAGGUAAUAACUGAUUGACUCAUUUUUUAUAUUUUGAAUCUCUCUUUUAAGUUUUUGACUAGCAUUGUUUAAAUUUGUUUUAUCUUGGGGUGCUCUGGUUUGUUGCCACUUCCUUCUAAGUUUUCUUUUCUCUUUAACUAACUUUUUAAUUUCUUUCGGAUAGUUGUUUCCUUUGACGUUUGAUCUAAUAGUAGGAGUACUUUCCCAUGCUGAUUUUUGUAUAUUUUGUACAAGAAACUCAACUUCCUCAUCUAGUUGUUCAAGUUUUUUUUUAAUGGUGCUGCUAGUUAAAUUAUAUCUUCAAGGAUUGAUCUAAAACUUUCCCAGUCUGUUAGUUUAUUUGUUAGUAUUGGGUUGCAAUCCUUUCUGAUAAUCGUGUCACUCACAGUGAGUAUUAUGGGUGAAUGAUCUGAAUUCAUAUAUAAUAUGUAUAUUUAAUUUAGAAUAGUGAUCCAUUUGCUCUAAAAUACUCAUUUCGUCUUUGAAAAUACCUUUUUCUAAACCAGAGUAGGUACACUUAAAAAGUUUAUCUAGAAAUGACCCUAAAAUGCACAAUUUUUUAUUUUUUCACAUUUAUGUAAUAGGUAAUAAGUUUUAUAUGUUUGCAUUAUUAAUGUAAUGUUAAGUUUUGAAUUGAAAAUAAAUAAGAUUUUAAAUAAA